AUGGAGGACGAGGCGAGCGUCCAGGAGGGAUGCCCCCAAGGGGACAGCCAUGGCGGGCACCAUGACCCGCAUCAAGAUGAGACGCCGGAGCAGACGCAUGAUGACCCGCUGGAACAGGUCGACCCGCAAGAGAAUGCCGAGGGGGGAGACCCCUGCGGGGAGCGAAAGCUCAAGUUCCUCAUCGAAGGCAAAAUGGUGGAAACCAAAAACCCAGUAGAUUUCAUAAAGCCCCUCAAGGACGACAUCAAGGCACUGGAUUUCCUCCUCUUCGACAUGCUCAAGGAUAACCUCCCACACAAAUUAUUCGAAACCCUAUGCACGAUACAUGAUUUAUCGGAACAGUACAGUGAAAACCAAACACAAGAAAAUUUUAAUUCUUUAAAAAAUUCCAUUUACAAUUUAGAUGACCAAUACCUAGGUACCAUUGUAAAUGCAUUUGGCCACAUGUGUGUGUUAUCCAAUUUUGCAGAGUGGGCUCAUAGAGGAAGGAGGAGAAAAGCAUUCGAUAUGUCCUUCACCCCAAACGAAAGAAUAUAUGGGUCUGUGUAUGAAACGCUAAAGGGAACUUUCCACAUGUUAAUUAAAAACGGCUUUGAAAUUAACCAAAUUUAUGAACAACUGUGUAACCAGACAAUAGACUUUGUAUUGACGACCCAUCCGACACAAGCCAUUAGGACAUCCCUCCUGAAAAAUUACAUACAGCUAGCAGAACUGUUACUCAAGCUAGAUAACACAGAUAAAGAAUUAUACAAAAAAAAAAUUUUGUACGAUAAUUUGAAAACGUAUUUACUAGCCGCAUGGAAAACAGACGUCAUUCGAAGAAUUAAACCCACACCCAUUGAUGAAGCCAUAUCCCUAGUCGACAUUGUUGAAAAUUGUAUUUUUUACAGAAUACCUCAUAUUAUGAGGUAUAUAGAUAAUGUAUUUUAUGAAUAUAAUUUACCUCCAAUCAAAUUGGAGUCGAACAUUUGUCUCUUCUCUUCAUGGGCAGGAGGUGACAGAGAUGGAAAUCCAUUUGUUCUACCUGAAACUACAAGAUACGUUUGUUACAUGAACAGAAUAAGAGGAUGUGAAUUAUUCAUUCCUAUGGUAGAAAAACUGAUAAGAAAUUUAACCCUACACCAUUGUACUCAAAAUUUUAAAACGUAUGUUAAACUCCUCGAAGAUGACGUCUCUCAAUAUAUCUUCGAUAAAGAUAAAAAAUAUUUAGCACAAAAAUUUCUUUGGUUUUCUCCCUUUUCCAAGUCUAACAAGAGAGAAAUAUACAGGAGAGCUCUUCUAGUCAUUUGGGCUAAGCUCAAAAGUACUGUGCAAGUUUAUAAAGCUCUCAUUUCUCACCAACCAGUAGAUAAGAAUUUUCAAAAAUUAAUGUUUAAAAAUUCAGAAGAGUUUGAAGAAAUUCUUAUGGAGUGUUAUAGGAGUUUGUCUGACUCGGGAAAUGCUCUCAUUGCUGAAGGGUAUUUAAAAGAUGUUAUUCGAAAUGUUAAAAUAUUUGGCCUACACCUCAUGAAACUUGACAUUAGACAAGAAUCACAGAAACACAUUCAGGCCAUGGAUUACAUAUGUGAGAAAUUACAAACUGAAAAGUACUCCCUUAUGUGUGAAGAAGAAAAAAUAAAUUUCCUUACAAACAUUCUUCAAUCCAAUAGACCCUUAAUACCGAAAAAUAUAGAACAGGAGGAAGAUGUCCCCAGCGAUUUCCUAAACGUCAUAAAAACUUUUGAUGUGUGUUCACAAAUUGAGGAGAGUUCACUGGGGGCAUAUAUCGUAUCUAUGUGUAACCACGCUUCAGACAUUUUAUUAGUGGAGGUUUUUCAAAAGGAAUUGAAAAAAAAUGCAAAGAGAAAGACACAAAGAGUUGUUCCUCUGUUAGAAACAAUUCAAUCUCUUCAAACUUCUUGCACCAUUUUGGAAAAUUUAAUUAAGAACCCAUGGUAUAGAACCCAUUUAAGAACCCAUUUUGAUAAUAAACAAGAAAUUAUGAUUGGCUAUUCAGAUUCAGGAAAAGAUGGAGGCAGAUUCACAUCUGCUUGGGAAUUAUUCAAAGCACAAGAAAAACUUGUACACAUAGGAAAACAAUAUUCUGUAGAGGUCCGAUUUUUUCAUGGAAGAGGAGGUAGUGUUAGUAGAGGAGGAGGACCACAACAUCUAGCUAUACUCUCACAACCAAUCAAUACGAUAAAAAAUUAUCUUAGGGUUACUAUACAAGGAGAAGUCAUUGCACAAGAUUUUGGCCUUAAGGGUAUGAUGCUACGCUCCAUUGAAACAUAUAUCAGUGCACUACUGAAAUGCUCUCUCUUAAAAAAUACCGUCUUGGUGAAGGACGAAUGGAGAGAGCUCAUGGAUGAAAUGAGCCAACUGACCACAAAAGAGUACAGACAGGUCGUGUAUGAAAAUAAAAAUUUUGUGAAUUACUUUAGAUGUGCAACCCCACAGAUUGAAAUAGGAAAACUGAAUUUGGGAUCAAGACCAUCAAAGAGGAAACAAGGAAAUGUAGAAUCGCUCAGAGCAAUCCCUUGGGUUUUCUCGUGGACACAGAACCGAAUGCAUUUACCUGUAUGGCUUGGAAUUGAAAAACUGUAUGACUAUCUCUUAACAAAGGAUAAAUUGUGGCUCAUGCAAGAUAUGUAUAAAAAUUGGCCCUUCUGUACAAGCUUCUUUAACCUUAUUAGCAUGGUUAUGGCCAAGGCCAGCUUGCAAAUUACCGAGGAGUAUGACAUUCUGGUCCCUCAGGAACUAAAGUACAUUGGUGUCAUGCUCAGGGAGAAAUUAAAGAAGGCCAUGGAACUUACGGCUCUCGUUACAAAUGAGAAGACCUUCUGUGACAACGACUUACUUACGAAGCGUUCCAUUGAGAGCAGGACUAAAUGGGUCGUCGUAUGUAAUUUGAUUCAAAUUCAAGCACUUAAGCGAUUGCGGGAGAAGGAACGCGAGUGGGAACUGGUACAAGAGAUGGAUCGACCUAAAAAGAAUAUCGAUGCUACCAUCGGAGAGGAACCAGUGCUUAGCCAAAGCGCCCAUCACCCGACUACUGACCCCGCCACAGCAGAUGGUGGUCCACUCACACCCACGAAGGGAAACCCAAAUGAUGAAGAACAAAAAGUAGGUAAUUCAUUGACCAAGGAUGAGAUGGACAGCCCGUAUGAAAGUCCCAUCAGCCGGAAAAGAAGCAAGCUCAUUCACUCAUACUUGAGCAGGAAAAAAAGCAAAUUAAUUAAAAACCCAAAGUUUCAUCCCUUGCUUGAAUCAUACUCCUCCGCCUACAUACAAAGUGAGGGCGAAAAUGAUUUCCUUUUUGAAGAUCUAGGGGACAUAAGUCUUUCCUAUGAGAGACCCGCAUCCAAAACGAACCACUCCACAUAUGACGAGGUGACAAAGACCUACAUUGAUUACACCUCCCUCAAUGACGCCCUCAUAGUUUCCAUCAAGGCGAUAGCAGCAGGCAUGCAAAAUACGGGCUAG